AUGAGGUCCACGAUUUUCCGUGCGGCCGCUGCCUUGAUGGCCAUCCUUACACCCACCAUUGUCACAGCUGCCAACCCUCUUCAGGUCCGCGCCCAUAUCAAUGAGCAUACUCUAUCCCCUCGGGGCACGUUUGCCUAUGGCCAGGGAAACACGACAGACAUCAUCAUCCGCACCGAAGUCCCGCGCCUCAUCAUAUAUUUUCAGACCACACACGACGAGUCGGGCAAGCCCAUCUCCAUGCUUCCACUCGUCACUGAAAAGAACAUUGCUCUCACGCAUCUCAUCGUUUGCUCCCUGCACAUCCAGAAAGACGGGAACAUCACCCUUAAUGACCACCAGCCAACCCACCCGCGUUACGGCACCCUCUGGCAAGAGACCCAAAUCCUUGGCUAUGCCGGCGUCAAAAUCAUGGGCAUGAUCGGCGGAGCCGCUGCUGGAUCUUUCACCCCAGACACGCUCGACUCAGCCAACGAGACCGUCUUCAACCGAUACUACGGCCAGCUUCACGAGACCAUCAAGCGCUACGGCCUCCAAGGACUCGACAUUGACGUUGAGCAGCUCAUGAGCCAGGGUGGCAUCGAGCGGCUCAUCCUUCGGCUCCGCGUCGACUUCGGGAAGGACUUUAUCAUCACCCUCGCCCCCGUUGCCAGCGCGCUGACCAUGGGCGGCUGGAACCUCAGCGGGUUCGAUUACCGCAAGUUGAUGCUGGCACCGAGCGGCGCCGGCAAGGAAGUAGCCUUCUAUAACUGCCAGUUUUACUCUGGGUUUGGCGAUGCGGGGAACCCGAACCAGUUCCACCAGAUCAUCACCGACAACGCACAACGAGACAUGCGCGGGGCGCUGUCGCCUACCAAGAUAGUCAUCGGGCAGCUGACGAACCCGAAUAACGGCGGAGGGUUCGUGACUGCCGGCACGCUGGCGAACUCAAUCAAGACUUUGAGGGACGCGUAUGGGCAAAUUGGGGGGGUCGCGGGGUGGGAGUAUUUCAAUGGUCAACCGGGAGGGGUGGAGGAGCCGUGGAAGUGGGCGCAGACGAUGACGGCGAUUUUGAGGCCAAACCAGGUGCCCAAGCUGAAGUUGACGGUGGAGAUGGCGGUCAAGUUGAAAGAUGUUUGGAAGGAGAGUGCCGCCGCCGGAAUGAGGCAAGUGGUAGAGGUCGAUGGUGUUGAGAAAAAUGCGAAUAGGACCCUUGCGAUUGUCGUGGUCGGACUCUUGGACCCUGAUGAUGCCGAUGACGUAUUCGCCUUUGUGGUCCUGCAGAUCCCCCAUUUCCGCCGCAACAAACACAACCACCAACAACCAGGCAGUAGAGGUAUCAUGGCCUGGGCAUCCUCAUUUUCCCGCCCGACCAAGUCGGAUGCCAUCCCGCCCCCAUACUACCUCCUCUCACAGUUCCAAAACAAUCCCGAAGAGCCGUACUGCAAAGGCUGCGGCAAGCUCAUUGACCCCAAGCGCACCUUUGGCACCACUGGAGCUCCCGCGUCAACUGCUGCAAGCCAGAAGCAGGGAGCAGGCAAAAGCAAGGGAUUCAAGCGUGGCGGUAAAGACCAGGACAAGGAAGACGAGAAGACAGGCCAACUCCAGCAACAGGAAGUCAGCAGGUUCUGCACCUCGAGAUGUCGCAGUGAGUCCCAACACAAAAAGCGGGACGUAAAAGAGCAGGAAAAGCAGAUCGAGGAGACGUACGUCAAGUUGUUGCAGGGGCAGAUGGUGGACGGGAUGGAGCAACUUGCAGAUGGUCAAGCGGACGGAAAGAAGAAGGGGAAGAAUGGUGCAGCGAAGCCAAAGAAGGGAGAGGGAAGAGUGGUCACGCUAGAAGAGGUGGAGACAAUUGUCUUUGGAAGGGAGAAGGAUGCCGAAAAGGUGUAUGGGAGGAAGAAGAACCGGAAGUCGAGGGCGUUGACAAGCGUGGGGCCCAAUGACGAGGAUCCUAUUACCUCUACAGACGAAGAGUCUCAGUCAACCUCAACAAAAGCCGGCAGACCAUCGAGUAGAGAUUCGGCAAUCGGCGGCAUCAAGAUUGACGCUCUGCAGCUGGGCGACAAAGCUUUUGACGACGAGAUAGCCCCGCUACCCAAGGGCAAAUCCCAUCCGUACACCACUGGCGGCCAUGAGGUCGCUCGUCUGGCGGUCCGCAGCGGCACGCGCAUCCGUCCUCCCCAAGAGGUCUCUGAAGUCAACGGCAGCGUGGGCGGGGAAAAGGGCCGGGCGGAGCGAAAGGCAGAAAGCGAGGAAAUGAAGGAAGAAAUCAGACAGAAGAAAGCGGAGGGGGACAGAAAGGCGCAACAAAAGGAGAUAAUCAAGUCGGUGGCGAGAAGAGGAGUGGUGUUUGGGUUUGAUGUGUCGUCUUCUCCCGAUGGCAAGAAGAAAACGUGCGAGUGCGUGAUGCCAGGAGGCAAGGUCGUCGAGCCACACUUUGCCAAGGGUAAUUGGGGAAUUCGAUGGAGGGGUGACUGA